GAAAAAGAAAAUCUCGACUGGUGUGAGAGAGUGCAAUCGCACCGAAGCUUUUAUAGACUGGUAAAUGGAGAUGAUGUUAUAAUGAGACUUGUGUAACUUGUAUUUUAGAAGAGAUUGGAUCUGAGAAAGAGAGAGAGAGAUGUCUUCUUCUUCAUCUUCUAAUCGACGGACAGGGGGGUUUUUGAGGUGCUGUUUGGUGGUGUUUGCUGUUUCAUCAGCUUUGUAUGUUUCAGGACCUGCUUUGUAUUGGAGGUUUAAGAAGGGGAUUAGAUGGGGAGGUGUUGGUGAUGGUGGGAAUAUCCUCCCUUCUUGUGGGCCAUGUAUCUGUGAUUGCCCACCUCCUUUGGCUCUCCUUAAUGUAGCACCAGUGCUGAUCAACCUCUCCAUUACAGAUUGCGGGAGGCACGAUCCGGAUCUCAAUGAGGAGAUGGAGAAGCAGUUCGUCGAUCUCUUGACAGAAGAAUUGCGGUUGCAUGAGACAGUUGCAGAAGAACACAGCCAUCACAUGAACCUCACUUUCAUAGAAGCUAGGAGGCUGGCUUCCCAGUACCAGCAAGAGGCUGAGAAAUGUAAUACUGCGACUGAGACCUGCGAGGAAGCCAGAGAGAAGUCCCAAGCAGCCCUGACUAAAGAGAAGAAGGUGACGGCCACGUGGGAGCGGCGGGCCCGCCAGUUGGGUUGGGAAGGGGCGUAGAUCCAACGGACAGAUGUUGCAUAAGCUGUACUUUUCCAUCUCGUUGCCAUCUUAAUUAUGUAGUAAUCUGCCUCAGCUGUAAUCUUUUUUGUUGCACAAUUAGAUUUUAUCUUUCUAUAUUCAUACCCCUCCCCAGUGCAUGAAUCUAUUUCUUUGAGAAGGGGAAAAAUAGAGGAAAAAAAAUCAAAGUUUCCUAAUGCCCCUUUGAGCUGGGGGCAUUAACUCAUCAACACAUAAAAGUUGCCCAAGGACUAAGAGUGGUAUAUGAGUGAUUUUGAUUUUUUGACCACUGUCAA